CCACCAACCAACCAACCAACCAACCAACCAGCCCCUAUUAUCUCUAUUGUAUCCGGCUGCGUGAUGAUGAUGUGGGUGAACUGAUCACGACGACAUGCCUUUAAUAAAAUGUGAAGUGAUGUAGGCAGAAGAAGCCCACCGCAGACUGAUUCACUCCACAGGAGGAGCGUAAAGGAGCAGCUCAGUCAGAGGAGGAGGUCUGCGUGGGGAGGAUUGGCUUCACAGAGAGAAAGACAGAAAGAGACGGAGCUGCGUUGGUUUGUCAGCUUUUUGUUAUUUCUCCUCAGCACCAGGCUCCUCCAGCUGUAAGCACAUGGAGGACGACAGGAUGGAGCGGAUGGAGUCCAUGGAGCCGAUCAAUGCGCACUACACCACGGCGUACCCGGAGAUCCAUCCCGACAGCGGGUACGAAUCCAGAGACACCACCGGAGGAGAAAACAACCAGGCGAAGACUCCACCACCUCCGACAUACGAUGAGGAACUGGUGCACAAGACGAUCCUGGUCGGAGACAGCGGAGUGGGAAAGACGUCUCUGUUGGUGCAGUUCGAUCAGGGGAAGUUCAUCCCCGGCUCCUUCUCUGCUACAGUGGGCAUUGGAUUCACGAAUAAAGUGGUGACUGUUGACGACGUAAAGGUCAAACUACAGAUUUGGGACACGGCGGGACAGGAACGGUUCAGAAGUGUGACACAUGCAUAUUACAGAGAUGCACACGCUUUGCUCCUCCUGUACGACAUCUGCAGCAGAACCUCCUUUGACAACAUAAGGGCAUGGCUAACAGAGAUCCAUGAAUAUGCGCAGACUGAUGUAGUCAUCAUGUUGCUGGGCAACAAGGCUGACAUGAGCAGUGACCGAGCCAUCAGGAGAGAUGAGGGAGAGAGGCUGGCCAGAGAGUAUUCAGUUCCUUUCAUGGAGACAAGUGCCAAGACAGGAGUCAACGUAGAGCUGGCCUUCACUGCCGUUUCCAAGGAACUGAAGCACCGGGCCGUCGAACAUCCCAAUGAACCCAAGUUCCAGAUCCAUGAAUACAUUGAAGCACAGAAGGAGAAGUCAGGCUGCUGCAGCUAUUUCUAAAUCUCUCCUCUCCUCUCCGGAGUGCUGCUCCCACCGUUCUGUACUGAGUGGGAGGAAGCCCUAUUAACUCACUGCUGCUCCAAAAAUACGAUGCUGCCUAUCAUUCAAGACUAAAAGCCAAAAGGAAUAACCGAGCUAGAGACUCACAAAACCCACGGUUUUCUUUAGCCGACAGCGGUUUAACCCAGCAACUGAAUAUUUGUCAUAGAAAUCUUUAUCAAAUAGUAUAAAAAGUUUUUAAGCUGUUUGAGGAAAUAGCCCUCUGCUAUUUGCUUUCUUUGUGAGAGUUAGAUGAAAAGAUCCAAACCACUGUUGUGUAUGUGUGUUAGCCUGGUUCUGUCCAAAGUUUAACAAUACACCUACAGCUCCAAAGCUCUUAAAUGCAUGGGUGUUUUUUCAAACAUACUUACCGAUCUGUCACCAAAGAACGUAUAUUUCUAAGAAGUGAAAGUUAAUUGGUCGUUCCAUUGCAACACCAGCGCCCAACAGCAAUGCUACGCUUCUGCCAUUUUGGACUGAAAGCGACUACCGGAUGCCAGUUAAAC